AUGUUUUUGCAUGAGCAUAACUUGUCUUUCGCUUUAAUGGAUCAUCUACCGAAAUUAGUGGCAUCUGUAGCUGAGGACUCGAAAAUUGCUAAAGAAAUCAAGUGUGCACGCACAAAAGCGACCCACUUAACUAUCGAUUGUAGUGCACAAGAGCAAUUAUCAUUGAUUCGAAAAUCAUUGCAGCAAAAUAAAUUCUCAAUAAUUAUCGAUGAAACCACCGAUAUAGGCAUCGAAAAGUCUUUGGCAGUAGUAGUACGAUAUUAUGAGCAUGGAAAAGUGAACCACAAAUUUUUCGGAUUGCUCAAAAUAACAAGUGGAACUGCAGAAGCGCUAUUUAACGUGGUAUGUGGAUAUUUUCAAUCAAAUUCAAUACCUUUAUCGAAUAUCGUAGGCCUCGCUGCGGAUAAUUGCAGUGUCAUGAUGGGUCAGAUAAGUGGAGUUCGGGCACGUUUUCAAGAAAUUCUACCGAAUAUUUUUGUCUUGGGCUGCGUAUAUCACUCGCUUCAUUUGUGUUCAUCAGCUGCUGCACAAAAAUUACCGAAAAGUUUGGAGGAUUUAACAAGAGGAGUGUAUAAAUACUUCGCACACAGCAGCAAACGAAUGUCAAGGCUCAUAGAAAUUCAAACAUUUAUUGACUUGAAACCGCAUAAGAUUUUGCGUCCUAGCCAAACUCGAUGGCUAUCUGUUCAGGCUGCAGUUGAUCGUAUAUUAGAGUUUGACUUUCAAUCGACCCACAUCAUGUUGCAGCAAUUAAAAACUCCAAUCACUAAAAUCUAUUAUUCGUUUUUGUCAUUUGUUUUGGAAAUAGUCAAUCGGCUUAAUCUAAUUUUUCAAGGAGAGAGGCCACAAAUCCAUCUGCUACUAAGUCGUGUAAAUGAUUUAUACAGAAAUUUAAUUAGAAACUUCAUCGAAAGAGAGCAUAUCGACAGACUUGAGCUGAAAAAAUUGACGUGCAAUCCAAGGUUAUUCAUGUCAUUAGAUAAAAUGUAUUUUGGCGCCGAAACACAAGUCCUACUAACAAACGUUGACUUGGAUAAACAAGAAGUUCACAAAUUUCGUAUUAAUGCUUUGAAUUUUUACGUUGAAUUAGCCUCGCAAAUUAAACUGCGUUUUGAUUUCUCUGAUCCAACUUUCACAUUUGUUAGUUACUUCGAUCCUAAAAAGGCUUUGAGCGGUGAAAUACAAAGCAUAGCUUUUGAUAGCAUGCAAUUAUUUCCUCAUUUAGUCGAUGAUGUCGAGAAAUUAGACGCUGAAUGGCGUCUAUUGCCUGAUACGACUGAAUGCAAACAGUGGGUGAAUGAUAACUUCGUUGACUUUUGGACAAAAGUUAUUGUUUGUAAAAACUUCAUGGAUCAGACACUUUUUCCGAAUCUUUCUGUUUUAGUGAAUGCUCUUAUAUCUUUGCCGCACUCUUCUGCAGCCGCCGAACGAAUAUUUUCUCAAUUAACAUUGUUAAAAACGAAACAAAGAAAUAGACUACAAAUAAAAACAAUUGAUAGUAUAUUGCAUGCGAAACAACUUUUGCACGAUGAGACACAUGAUGGUAAUUGUUAUUCAUGGAAACCAAGUGCUUCACUGCUUAAAAUAAAGCCACUUUACGAAUAA